AUGGCUUCGCAAUCCUCACAGACAUUCCUUUCGGAACAGGAUGCAAACUCAAUUGCGAGCUUCUGCAAAUUUGAAAACUUGGGCAAGGAGACAUUCUUCGUUGCGGCAUGGGCUUAUGUACUGAGCAUAUAUUCUGGUGCCUCAUUUAUCACGACAAGCCUGAUACGACAGACUGAAGAACACGAACAAAGACAGAAUUACUCCGUUUCUGCGACCUUGGAGACACAGACGACAAUUUCAAAGUUGCUUGAAUGUCUCCAGAUCAAUGACCUAAACUCGAACAUUAACUUUGCAGAGGUCUCUCACAUGUCGGCUAGUGCCAACGAACUUCACAAUGGUGGAACACUGAUCAUGUUCAUAAGAGAGAAUGCUUCCAACUUCAAUCUGACAGUUGGAGAGCAGUUUCAAGCGAGCAUCAUUAUUGAUAGCAAAAGCUGCAUCACCUUGAGUUGCAUGCCUGGUUCGAUUACCGCUCCCUCACCUGAAGCAGUUUUAGAUACUUUCACAACAGUUGUGAGGCAGUUCUCAACCUGCCCUUCCGACACGUUAUUAAACAACCUCGAUAUUCUCGGUCCAUUAAAUCGCAACACCCUAGAGACUUGGAGUCCCUCCCAUCUCGUAGCUGUUAAGCACUGCGUCCACGAUUAUGUGGACGAAUACGCACGGAGAGAUCCCUACAAGGAAGCGGUGGCCUCGAUCGAAGGUCCUUGCUUCACAUAUGAUCAACUUUCCGUCCUGUCAAGUAAGCUGGCAUUGCACCUGCUUGAGCUUGGAAUAAAAAAAGGCGAUAUUGUACCCAUUCUUUUUGACAAGACUUCCGUCGCUGUUCUAGCCAUAGUCGCCAUUCUCAAAGCCGGGGCCGCUUACGUUGGGUUCAGCCCUGAGUCGCCAGUCAACUUCUUGCGAGAAUGUUCAUCUAUCGCGAAUGUUUCGCUAAUUAUUACUAGUCGGCAGCAUGAGCACCUGGUUGAAAGUAUUGGAAGCCAUUCACUGGUUAUUGAUCAAGAUUUUCUCAAAAACUUGCAACUUUCAGCACUCAUGGAACCUUUCUCGUCUCCUGCUCAACCAGUCGACCUAGCCUAUAUAGUCUUCACCUCGGGCUCUACCGGAGUCCCCAAAGCUGUAAUGAUAGAACACCAAGCCUACGUAACCGAUGCUCUGGCGCAACAAAAAGCCGCCCUUCUGACUGCCACCUCACGCGUCCUCAACUUCGCUUCUUUCAACUUCGACGCUACAAAUUUCGACAUCCUCAGCACUCUUAUCGCAGGUGGUACUAUUUGUGUCCCGUCAGAAUUUGAUCGCAUCAACCGUCUCGCAGGCGCCAUAAACGAUCUUCGCGCAAACUUCCUAGGGGUCACCGCCACCAUCGCGCAGAUUCUCGAUCCUGAGGAGGUACCACUCCUCAAAGUCGUCAUCUUGUGUGGAGAAGCCAACAGCCCUGAAAUUGUAAACAAGUGGACCAAGUGCAGGGCAACCAAAACGGACGUGAUUAAUGGUUACGGACCGUCUGAGGCAUCAUGUGCCUUUUCGUACAACAUAUACACGCGACAGUCACCGCAAGCCAAUAAUAUUGGAUGCGCACUCGAGGGAGCGUGUUGGGGAAGGGUUGCUAACGCAGAAAAUCACAACCAGCUUCUACCUGUAGGAGCGGUCGGUGAACUGCUUAUCCAAGGUCCGACGCUGAGCAGGGGAUAUUUGAACGACCCAGAGAAGACGACAAAGGCGUUUAUAAGUAGCCCUUGCUGGUUGUCGCAAUGGAACACGCCAGAGUUUCGCAGACUCUAUAGGACGGGCGAUCUUGUACGACAACUUCCGGAUCAGUCUUUCGAAAUCUUUGGGCGGAUAGAUACUCAAGUCAAGCUGAAUGGACAGCGCAUCGAGCUUGGCGAGAUUGAACACAAGAUUAAUCGAGCUCUUGGAGGAACCUACGUAACUGCAGUGGAAGCUGUUACUCUGUCUGCACAUGGGCCAACACAUUCCAAAGCCUUGAUUGCUUUUUAUGCCACUAGCGUGGGUACUCAUCACAGAGAAGGGCCUCUGAUAAAUCUUCUUGAUCAGAAUGAAUCAGUGGCUAUUGAUGUUCAGAGCAUCAAAAGAAAACUGGCAGAAGACUUGAAACCAAUUGCGAUCCCUCAGGCCUUCAUACCACUCCGAGUCAUACCCAUCACCAUCCAAGGAAAGCUCGAUCGGAAAUCUCUACAGAGUCUUGGCGUUAGCCUUGACGAAGCCAUGUUGAUUGCUUUUUCAGGAGGUGCUGUAUCCGGGGACGACAGCCCUGUGACCAGCGAGUUCGAGAAAACAAUCCAGGAACUUUUUGCGCAAUCUCUCAGCUUGAGUAAGGUCUUAAUCUCUCGGGACUCUAACUUCUUUGACUUGGGCGGAGAUUCUUUGAAAGGGAUCAAGUUUGUUUCUUUGGCAAAAAAGCUUGGGUUAAACGUUUCAGUCCCUGAUAUACUUCAAAGACCUCAACUUUCCGAGCUUGCAGAGUUUCUAUCGAGAUCGAAAAGAACAAACACCAUGGCACACAGAUACCAGCCAUUCGAUGCAAUUGCUAAGCACCCAGAAUUUGACGAACUUCGAGCCAAAGCAAAACAAUGUGUUUCUGUAGCUGCCGACAUUGAGGAUAUCACUCAAGCUACUGAUUUACAGGCCUCUUGUGUUGCGUUUUCCACCUACAAAGAAGAGCGCCGCGGAAUAAACUGGCUAAUAUGCGAUUUUGUUACGCCGCAAGAUGAAAGAAUAGUCCGUCACAUUUGUGAGGUGAUGACGGCAAGACAUGCCAUACUCCGGACGUUCUUCUUUACACACCGUCGGACUUUAUACCAAGUUGUGUCCAAGUCCUUCCGGCCUCCAAUUAGAACUCAACUUCAACUCAAAGAUAUCUGCCAAAGCACUAAUGCCAUCAUGCAAGACGACAUUAAUACGAGAACAGUCGAAAUGGGUCAGCCUCAGACCGCCUUUGAACUGAUGUCCCACGGUGACGCCACCGGAAUCGAGCGAUUGGUCAUCCGCAUGUCCGCUGCCCAGUAUGACGGCCACUCCGUUGCGAUAUUGCGUCGCGAAAUAGCAUCCAUUCUCAAGGUUAGACGUGGAAACUAUCGCAUGCACGAUGCGUUGGGCAGCUACCCAGCUUACCUUUACCACGCGCGAGCUAUAGAACUUGAGGAAGGCAUCAAAUACUGGCGCUCUCUCCUCGCAGAUGCGGUGAUGCCACAGAUAACGAGAGAAAAGUCAGGCAAAUGCAGACCAUCUUCCGGGUUGGACUUCGUCGACGGUGUCCUCGUCAAGAUGGUCGAAACUAGACUGCUAGACCUCUCAGUCAACAGAAACAGCAACAUGACAUUUCUACGCGGCAGCACUAGAGCAACAAUCGUAAAGACUGCGUGGGCUCUCACUUUGGCCGAAUUGACGGGGAAAGACGACGUAGUCUUCGGGUCUACCGGCUGGGGCCGUAACAACUCCAUAGACUUUGCUCAAGACGUGAUGGGCUCCUGCACUUCCCAUGUGCCGACGCGCGCACGAUUGACCAAGUAUGCGGACGGGAACAGCUCACGCUUGACGUACGGCGAGCUGGUCGAACAGCUACAUUCCCAACACAUCGCGUCGAUGCGAUUCGAGAAUAUCGGAGCCAAUACGAUAGUGGAAAAGUGCACGUCAUGGAGGCGGUGGACACGUUUCUCGUCGCUUUUGGUAUUCCAAGGGUUGGAUAUCGAGACAGCGCCAGAAAAACACUCAUCAGACGAAAAUGGCAAGCAGGAAACCCCCGGGUUCAAGUUCACAGAGAUCAUGGAUCCAGGAGAUCGGGCGGACGUGAUAAUCCACGUGGAACCAUUUGGCGAGCAGACGCGGCUAAUGAUGGCGUUUGCAGAGAAGAACUUGCCUCGGGAAGUGGCAGGCGUAAUGUUACAAACAUUUGAGCGGUAUUUGGAGCUAGUUACACGGUGUACUGAUCACCGCAUCACGUUAACUGAUAGGAAAUCACCUCCUUUGCUGCCAGUCAUCUACAAAUAUACGGGUUUCGAUAGGGUAGAGAGUCAACAACCGGUUGAUACAAGAGAUGCACGAGCCGAGCAACUCGUCAGGGAGGUAUGGAUGAAGGUUCUGGACGUGAAUUUCGACAUGUUCGGCGAGCUGAAGGAAACGAACGCAUCCUUUCUAGAAGUUUGGGGCAAUCCUGUAUCCGCGGCUGCUCUAGCGGACGCAUAUAGGCGGAAAGGCUUGGAUGUUUUAACAGAAGACAUUUUGAGAAAACAAACAGUGCAGGAACAGAUUCUUCUAAUCUCAUCGCGGAUAUAG